GGUUUUGGUGUGAAAAUUGAAGAAACGACCAGACACACAGAGAUUAACAAAAACGGCAAAGUUGGAGAUCUGACUCACGGUUCCGUAGUAAUUGCUGCCAUCACUUCAUGCACAAAUACCAGUAAUCCAAGUGUCAUGCUCGCUGCGGGACUUGUUGCUAAAAAGUUGAGUUUAGUUCCCUAUAAA